AUGACAUCGAUUUCUGCUCUGGACGUCCGAACGAAGGAUGGAGUCAAGUUUGGAAAGGAGUUGAGGGAGAAGGAAUUCUUGUUCCAGAAGGGUUAUCUGAACUUGAAUCAUGGUUCCUUCGGCACUUACCCCAAAGCCGUUCGCGAUCAACUCCGUCAUUUCCAAGAUGAAGUCGAAGCGCGCCCCGACUCCUUCAUCCGCUACGAAUACCCCAAACUUAUCAAUGAGUCUCGCGAAGCAGUGACUAAAGUGCGAACCCUCGUUCUAAAUCUACUUGCACCAACACUCAUCAUACUCCAGGUCCUCAACGCCCCUUCAGACACCGUGGUCUUCGUACCCAAUGCCACAACUGGUAUCAAUACGGUCUUGCGCAACUUAGACUUCCAGCCCGGUGACCACAUCCUCUACUUCGCAACCAUAUAUGGCGCAUGCGAGAAGACGGUGGCGUAUAUCACCGAAACCACGCCAGCCAAGUCUGUCAAGAUAACCUACGCGUACCCCGUGGAAGAUGACUGGCUCGUUGCAGAGUUCAGAUCGAAAGUUGCUGACGUCGAGAAAACCGGCGGGAAAGUGAAAAUCGCAAUCUUCGACACGAUCGUCAGCAUGCCCGGUGUCAGGGUGCCAUUUGAGCGGCUGACAGCCGCGUGUAAAGAGUUGGGUGUAUUGAGCUGCAUCGAUGGCGCGCAUGGGGUCGGACACAUCAAGCUAGAUCUGGAGAAGCUGGACCCAGACUUCUUCGUUAGUAAUUGCCACAAAUGGCUCCACGUCCCCCGCGGCAACGCCAUCUUCUACGUGCCUGUGCGCAAUCAGCACCUCAUACGCAGCACACUGCCCACGUCUCACGGUUUCGCGCCACGAAACUCGACCAUCGGUUCGCCGUUUCCAAAAUCGGGUUUCCCAAAUACUUCGCAGAAUGCACAUGUUGCAAACUUCGAGUUCGUCGGCACGAUUGACAACGCGCCAUAUCUCUGCGUCCCUGCGGCACUCGCGUGGCGCGAAAAGCUGGGUGGCGAGGACGUGAUUAUGAAGUACUGCCAGACGCUGGCGCGAGAGGGAGCUAAGCUUGUCGCGAAAGAAUUGGGCACGGAAGUUAUGGAAAACAAGACAGGGACGCUGGGAGCAGAUUGCUGUCUCGCAAACAUUCGCUUGCCGAUUGCUGUGGCAAAAGCGAAAGAAUAUGCGGCAGCAGCAGGUAUCGAGGAAGCUGAUGUCGGCGGCGAAGUCAGGGAUUGGAUGCACAAGACUUCCCUCGAUGACCAUGGGACAUUUCUCCAGACCAUGUUCCAUGGAGGCGCUUGGUGGGCCCGACUGAGCGGCCAAGUGUACCUCGAGAUGGCGGAUAUGGCAUGGGCCGCUGAGACGCUGAAGAAGAUAAUUGUCAGGGUAGAAGCUGGUGAGUGGGCUGGCGUGGAUAAGGCAAGUAAUUUGUAA